AUGAAGCUCAAGAACAAAGGCAAAGUCUUCCCCUCCCCCUCCGCCGCAGCCGCCUCCUCCGACUUCCUCUCCGUCCUCAGCCUCCUCCCCGCCGCCAUCCUCGCCCUCGCCUCCGUCCUCUCCCUUCCCGACCGCGAAGUCCUCGCCUACAUGCUCACCAUGUCCCUCAAAUCCACCCCUCCUUCCUCCCUCUCCACCACCAAAAAAUCCUCCAAGAAGCCAUCAUCCAACCACGCCGCCGGAAGCGGAAGCACCAGCAGCGGUCCUCCUCACAAGGCUCCGGUGUUCGGCUGCGACUGCUUCGACUGCUACACCAGCUACUGGUUCCGCUGGGACUCUUCCCCCAACCGCGAGCUCAUCCACCAGGUCAUCGAAGCCUUCGAGGAGCAUCUCCUCACCGCCGAACAGCCCAAGAAGAGCAAGCGCCGCGACAAGACCUCCCGCCGCGUCGCCGCCGCCGCCGUAGAGAUUGCUUCCGAUUCCAAGCUGAAUCAGCUCCUUCCGCCACCGCCGCCGCAGGUAACGACGACGACUGAUGAACCAGCUGCUUCUUUUGCUCCCGCUGAGAUUGAGGUCGAGACCGUCUCGCCGGCGGCGAGUGAGGAGGAAGAGAGGGCGGUGGUGCUGAGGUUGCCUCCGGCCGCGGAAGGCGGCAGCGGGCAUAAAGGGAUUGGAAGGAAAGUGCUGCCGGACGUGUUCGGGUUGUUGAAUUCGCGUUUAUGGAGUCUUUGGGGUCCGAAUAUUUAA